AAUAGAUUUAGAGACCUUAUGGGAUUGAAGUAUUCAUUGAGGAGUCUUCCGAUCAAUGCUCCUUGGGUCAGGAAAGUGUUUAUAGUCACAGACAGUCAAGUUCCAACUUGGUUCAAUAGGUCGUAUACCAAGGACAUCCAUUUUGUAUUCCACGAUCAAUUCUUUGCCAAUAAGAGCCAUGUACCAACAUUCAACUCUGAAUCUAUAGAGUCCAACUUUUAUAACUUACCAGACUAUGUAGGUGAUUGUUUCCUUUACUUUAACGAUGAUACUUUUACAAACAACAAAAUAUACCCUUCCGACUUUUAUAGCAAGGAAACAGGACAAGCUAUAUAUUUUAACUUAUGGAAGUCACCUCAGGAGCCAGAGAUCCUGGCCAAAUCAAGUUGGCACAAGGCCAUUGAUUAUACUAACAAGUUAAUGAAUAGUAUAUGGGGAGAUGCUGAAAGACAUUAUAAUAGUCAUACUAUUAUUAUGUAUAAUAAGAAGGUGUUGAAGUUGAUGCAAAAGACAUUCCCAAAGGAGUUUGCUUUGACAUCAGCCAAUCCAUACCGUACGGCCACCGAGGUGAAUCUAGGAUUCAUGUACUCACACUUUGUCAAACGAUUCUACAAGACAUUCGAACCAACCACCAACAUACUACAGUAUCAUGCACUGCAAGAUGAUGUGGAGAAGAUGGACAAGGCAUUCAAGUCAAUCAUUAGUAAACGAGCCAAGACUGUCUGUCUCAAUGAUGAGUUGGGAGAGCCUGCCAACGCCACCGUCAUUGAACAUCUGAUGACCAUGUUCGAGACAUUAUUCCCAGUCAAGCCUGAAUGGGAG